GGAGCCGCAGCCGGAGCCGGAGCCGGAGGCGGGCGGGGACCGGGGUUUACGCGGCGCCGCUGCCGGCCGGGGCGGCGGGCCCCGGGUGCGCCUGUGCGGAGCCACCGCGGGUUUCCACCGUAUUCUCAUCAGGCACUGCAAUGGGCCCUUCCCACCUCAGCCUCAAGAUGCUGGUAUAGCAGCAGGCGGCUGUGAUCCAGAGGACCUGCGGUGGGACAUCGUUUCCCACUGGGACAUCCUUCAUCCCCGCUAUCUCAGCAGAAGCGAUGGAUGCCCACGUGGACCUCCUGACAGAGCUGCAGCUGCUGGAUAAGGUGCCCACGCUGGAGAGGCUGCGGGCGGCCCAGAAGCGGAGGGCUCAGCAGCUGAAGAAAUGGGCGCAGUACGAGAAGGAGAUGCAGCACAAGAAGCGGAAGCACGAAAAGAAGAGAAAUGCUGUUAACCGAAAGAAAGUGUCUUUUGAAGCCAGCGUUGCUCUGCUGGAGGCUUCUCUGAGGAACGACUUGGAGGAAGUGUGUUACUUGCUGAAGAGCAACAUCAGCCCAGACCUGUGCAAUGAGGAUGGAUUAACUGCACUGCAUCAGUGCUGCAUAGACAACUACGAAGAGAUAGUCAAGCUUCUCCUCAACCAUGGGGCCAAUGUCAACGCGAAGGACAACGAGCUGUGGACUCCAUUGCAUGCAGCAGCUACCUGUGGUCAUAUCAACCUGGUGAAGAUCCUCAUCCAGCAUGGAGCUGACUUGUUGGCAGUAAAUGCGGAUGGCAACAUGCCGUAUGACCUCUGUGAAGAUGAGCCAACUCUGGAUGUCAUUGAGACUUGCAUGGCCUAUCAAGGAAUUACACAGGAAAGGAUCAAUGAGAUGCGAGCUGCUCCAGAGCAGGUCAUGAUCUGUGACAUUCAUGACAUACUUGCAACUGGACAAGACCUGAACAGGACCGAUGCCCAAGGUGCUACGCUGCUGCAUAUAGCUGCAGCCAAUGGUUAUCUGCAUGCAGCUGAAGUCCUUCUUGACCAGGGGGCAAGCCUGGAUGUUAAGGACUGGGACGGCUGGGAACCUCUUCAUGCUGCUGCUUUCUGGGGACAGAUGCAGAUGGCUGAGUUGCUUGUGUCCCAUGGGGCUAGUUUGAGUGCCAGGACAUCUUUGGAUGAGAUGCCAAUAGAUCUGUGUGAAGAGGAGGAAUUCAAAGUAUUACUUCUAGAGUUGAAACACAAACACGAUGUGAUCAUGAAGUCUCAGCUGAGGCAUAAAUCCUCCCUGAGUCGAAGGACCUCCAGCACUGGCAGCCGGGGGAAGGUGGUGAGGAGGGCCAGCCUUUCGGACCGAACAAACCUGUACAGAAAGGAGUGCGAGAAAGAAGCCAUCGUCUGGCAGCAGCUGGGAGCAUCAGAAGAAGGAAGAAACUCGGGUCUCAUUGGAGAAAUGGGGGAGACUCGUUCUGACCAGGAGAACACAGACCCCAAUUCAGUGCUGGAGAACUCUUCCCUCCUUCCGGAGCUGGCAAACAAAAGCACCCAGUGUGACUCUGAAAUCCCCCUCCAGAAUGGACUCAUGGCGUCUGCCAGCACUUACCAGUACACCUUUUCCAAUGGGGACGUUUGGAGUAUGCACGCUGACCCUGAGAGUAAUCCAGGCCACAUGCUGCCCUACGGCAACCCUGGGCUCCCUGAGACGCAGCAGUUCUGGGGUGCCUACAAGGAGCACAACCAUCAAACGCUCUCCGAACUGAAGCGGCAGCGGGCUGCGGCCAAACUCCUCAACCACCCUUUCCUCAGCACCCACUUCGGCAGUGGCGUGGGAGGAGUUGCCGAGAACGGGGGGGAGGCCAAGUCGCACCUAAUCGGCCCCAGGACUUCUCCCUACAGCACCAAUGGGACCUCAGUGUAUUACACAGUGUCCAGUGGUGAUCCACCCCUCUUGAAAUUCAAAGCCCCCAUGGAGGAAAUGGAAGAGAAGGUGCACGGGUGCUGCAGAAUUUCCUAGUCUCAUCUGUUUCUCACCCCAGAGGAAACGAGACGCGGGUGGGCUGGUUGGAUCUAUUGCAGCGGCCAGGUUGUUUGCAUUCCAAAGGGAGAAUUUGGUUAUGGACAUCCUGACUGCAGCGGCCUUGUUCAUCUUGAAUUGUAUUCUACCUUUACCCUGCCAAUUACUUCCAUUGCAGCUCAAUGAGUAAUGCAGGUGGAGCAAGGCUCUUAGGAGAGGAAAGGAUGCGCAUCAGGAUGAUGUAAAAAAAAAAAAAAAAAAAGGGUCACCCUCAUCAUGCUCCCUGGGGAAGAAGGUAUGGUGCACUGCCUCCUCGUCCUUGGGAAGUCAUGAGAUGCCUUGGAAAGGAGAAAUGAUCUGAAUUAAAAUCUUUGCAUCUGAGCCUCUUGCUGUAAGCCACCAAGCUUCUGGAAGGUGACAGUUCAGACCUGAAUUUUCACUCUUGGCUGAUGGAUAUAUCCUGGAGGGGAGGUCAACCCCCACACGGGGUUUGCAAGAGCGGACAGAGCUGUAUUCCGUACAGCUGGAUCCAGCACGUACAGGGGCCGAGCAACAAGCAAGCGGAGGUGCCGCGCUUGCUUUAGGGAGUUUGCAAGGUGUGUGACGGCUCACCAUCAACAACUGUGCGCUGGCUGGGUCCUGUUCUGCUCCUGUAAACGCAUUGCCGCAGACUGCCAUCGGGUUUAAAGCAGAACCUCUCCUGGAACAGGCUUCACUCAAUAGGCUUUAAAACUGAUGUUGCAAUAAGGGGCCCUGGCAAUAGAAUUUUACUGCAAUAAAAUACUGACAAAGGUCUAUAUUGGGAUAAGUAAUUUAAAAAACUUAUUUGUACUAUUUAGACUCUUAAUUUGUUAAAACUAAAAAGACUUUUACUGAUCUUACUUUCCUAUUGAUUCUGUUUGUUUACUCUGUACGCACAACACAGACCCUAGGGGCAGCAUGCUUUGUGUGCUGAUGGUUCUGGAUUUCCAGAACCACAGUGCUGGGGCGGGAUGAGGAGGAAAGGCUUGCCGACACUCAUCUAGAAACAUCGGGGCAGCGUUUCUAAUCUCCCUAGAUGUUACGACACUUGCGUUAACCUGCAGUCUUUGGCUGAUGAAUAACUGUUAAACCAUUGCUUUGGUAGCUGAACAUUGCAGCACAACAGAUUUUUUUUUUUUUGGUCUGUUUUUCCAGCUCCCACGCUGAAGUCAGCAGUAGUUAGUAGCCAUCAGAAGAAGGCUUAAAUGCCUCUGUGUAUAAGGGAGUUGCCUAGCACCAUAGCAAAGCCUCUCUGCUGUAGAGUGAGUGAUUGGCACACCAACAGCGGAAUUUUUGUGUAAUUCAUGUUAGCUCUGAGAGACUACCUGAGAAACACUAGCACGGGGUAGCCGGGGGGUUUGGCACCGGCUCUUCAGUGAGUUAAGGCUUGGCAUACCUGGGGAGGUGAAAGGAGAGCACCCCGUGGGAGACCGCGCUGAGGAACCGGCUGCAGUCAAGUUAAUAAGUUGUAUCUGUAGAAGUAACUAAAUCUUCAACCCUUUUUUCUGCACAGAGGGGCUAUCACACACAUAACUAUUUGCCUGCAUGAAUAUGUGUCUUCUCGGGCAGUUUAAGUUCCCCACUCUGAAAACGUAAGCCUGUUGGGGUCUCUGUAAGCCAUCAGUGGAUUAUCCAGCUCACAUAGUUGUGCUUCAGCCAAGCAAUAGCAAAUGCAGCUUCCAGCCACCUUCCUUUUACCUGGCAGCUGUUAGACGUCACACACACACUCGCCCUGCGGGAAUCCUCACAGCCUUUCCUUUUUUUUGAGGCUAUAAAAAGUUGACUCAGGCUGCCAGUGACCGUUAAGUGCUACCCUCCACUCCCCAUCAAAUCUAGCCCAUCGCUGGGGUUGGGUGUUCCAUGAUCCAGGGCUCUGGGCUCCUCGGGGCAGCAGGGGUGGCCGUGUGUCACCACCACAACCAUGCCGUGCAGGAAAUGCUUUUGGACCUGUGAGGUUAUUACCAGGCUGGCAUUUUACUCUUUUGAACUCUAAAGAUACAAUUCUCUUCCCUUACCAGUUUUAGGAACAAAUUAGAAAAUGGUAGCAGUUGAUCCGAUUGUUUUUUUAAAACCUCAGUUCAGUUAAAGGCAGGGGGUUCUUUGUUUUGAAACAUUCAGAGAAGUUGGGCUUCCUCCACUAUUGAAACGCGCAUGCUAAAUAUAAGACUAGAAAAUACUUCUUGUGCUUGACUUAACCUUAAGGGAUUUUAAAAGUCAUUCCCUAGUAGAAAGAAGAUGAUGAUUUGGUAGCGGGACAGACUUUACCCCAUCUGUGUGUGGUUAACAGUGGGUCUUCUGAUUACCUCGAGAAAAUUCUUCUGGGAUAAGACCAAGUGUGGCCUGGGUAUUCCUGAACGGGGGCAGAUGAUCUUUCAGAUGCCUGUUUUCCCUCCACUUCCAUCCUAAUGAGAAUUCUGGACUCUAUAACGAAUUCUGGUGCCGGUAUCCACUAGGUUGUAAGUGGUGCAAAACUGGGAUGCAGCUGAUGACUUCCCACCCCGGGAAGGAGCCAUGGGACUCUUUUCCUUCUCAGACCAAUUUUGUGCUAUUGAGCAUAUUGAAUCCUUCCGAACUCGGAGCAAAUGAAAAGGGGGCCACCGAAUGCAGUAGUGUUAAGUGGUGUGAGGCUUGCUUUCACUGGGAGUUGUUAACACGUUAAAACUGCAGGAAGCCAGUCCAUUUAAGACAAACAGCUUUUUGGUAUUUCACUCUGUUUAUACAUGAGAGUCCAGGAACUCCUAACUCUAGAUGUGAUCUUCAGCAAGCCAACAAUUGAUUUACACUCAGGCAAAAGAUAUUACAAGAUAUUACAUCCCACUAAUUGGACUUCGCAUUGUAAUUGUAAAAUUGGCUGUAAUACAGCUCUUCUGGCUUUAUCGCUAAGCUAACGUGCUCACUGAAGCCUAGUGGUGUCUGAUCAAAUCUAAUCAAUUCUUGUGCAGACCAGAGAGUCGCUAAUUGAUAAAUCUUCCAGGGUACGUUUCACAGUCACGCGAAGUAUCCGCAGUCAUGCAAAGUACUUAUCUACCGCUGGCCUUGGGCUGAAGUUCCAUCAGAGUGGGGCUUGUGAAGGCUGUUGGAAGAGUGACUUAAAACGGAUUCAUGCUUAUGUGUUGGUGACAUUCUGGGUGUAACGGUCACUGCCUGUGGGGCACUGGGAAAUGCACUCAGGGAAGGAGCUGGCAGUUUAUGCUGCAUGCAGAGUUGUUGGUUGUAGGUCUGGGAUGAGCAAUUCUGUAACCGGGAUAUUUAACCUUCUAAUAAGCUGUUUUGUAGAGAUAAACAGGCUUUUGGGGGAUUAAUAAACACACAGAUGCUCUUCUAUGUGCAUUGUAGGAGCCCGCCUCUAGGAAUGGGGCUUUUUAUUAUAAAAUUUAGCAACGUUACAACAAUAGUGGGGUUUUAUAUCUCUGUAUUUUAAAGGCCAUCCCAGUGGGAAGCUCUGAGGUACGCAGCAGAAGGCACUUGGCUAUUCCAUUGGAUCUUAAUAUUACUAAAAAACUGUAGAAACUAGAAAUCAUGUUGUGAUUGGCAUAUCUAGCACUUGGCUUGUUAGAGGAAGAUUUGGGUGUUGGUUUUUUUAUGCUAUAUUCUGUGGUUUUAGGCUCGAUCAACAUCUAAGUACAGAUUCAAGGUCAGAUUAGAGUCCCGCUUCUGUUAGCAGUAAGCCAAAGAUUGUAGUUGUUCAUGCAGACUACGCAAAGAUUUGGGAAUGUGGAUGUAUUGACGGGUCUAUUGUAGGCAGAGCUGCACGUGAGAACAAUCCUUCUGCCUGCAAAAUCUUCCUCUAUGCCGAACUCAUACUGUUUCUAGCAAACUAACUGGCUGAUGAGAGCAGCUUUACUUUCCACGUGGACAGACUUUUUUUAGGGGAAAAGAAGUUGUCUCUCAAUAAGUGUCUCUGCUUUACUGAGCUCAACCAAGAAAGUCCCAGCGCUGAAAUGUUAGAUAAGGGGUUAAGUACCAUUGCUGGGAUCUGUUUGAUGUCAGACCUGGGUCUGUAUUUCACGUACCAAGCGAUGCGAUUUAAACCCACUUAGUCUCACUUAGUGGUGUUCCAACAUCUUAAAACCCUCCCAAUUUUGGGAAGAACUGACUCUAGCUGAUGUGAUUCUGUACCAUCUUGCAGGUGUGGAUGAAGGACCACAUGGAUGAGGUACUCCUGGUAGGGAAGGAGAAGAGCAUGGCAGGGCAAUAGCAAUAAUGAAUCAGUGCAAUACUCGGUGGAGGCGGGGAAUUCUCGAGUUUAUUGACCAGGGUCUUAUUUCAUAGGGUUGAAGGCACUUGCAAGCUCACAAACGGCAUUACAACUUCUCUUUGGUGUCCUUUAGUUUUAAUCUUGGAGCUCUGUUUACUCAAAUCUUCUCUGCUGAAACUAAAUCAGCAAUACUAUGAAAUAGGAAUAUGUUAACCGAGGAAGCAAUAGCACUGGUCUCCAGUGAGCCAUAGAUGAACUGCUGUCCAUCAGCUGGAAGGUGUUCUCCCAACGUCUGGAUAUUUCUGUGCCUUAUCAUACUCGUGAAAGGUAACUCGGUAACUACUUGGAAGGUUUGUGGUAACUAUACAGUGCUGUUCUUUAGCUCGGAGACUAUUUUGCAAGGGGGUAACAGUUCAGAGCAUACCAGAUUUCGAAGUUUCUAUUUGCUCUUGCAGUUUCUCUCACGAUCGCCGUUUCUCUCCGCCUAAAUACACAGAAGGGAAAUGCGCGGAGUGUUCAUUCUAAUUUAACAAAUCACAUUGACUUACUUUGUUAUAGCAGUUCUCUACAGGGAGAGUCCAGAACAUGUUUGUAGCAGGGAGGUCUAGCCUCUUGCUACAGAACACGGCUAGUAUUUACAUUUUUGUUUUGUUUUGCCUGUGGCUGUAGAACAGAACUUCUUGUCCCUGGUUGUUCUUCAGCUUUAUUCUGCUGUUUUCACAUUGGCCAAACUGGUAAUGGAAUUCUCAGUCCCUCCACGCAAUUUGAAUACCUCUGGGUUCUUCAGGCAACAUCUCCCACAGCACAAUUACGACCUAGAAUAUUUGGCAGUAUUGCAACUGCGGAAGCUGUAGUAGGGGAGACUCUGCUCAAGAUACUUAUUCCCAAGCCUACAGCAAUGCAAUUAUCUCCACCCGCAGCUGGAGGGGAGAUACAGGUUUUUAAACAGCAUGGAUACAGUCUUAGUAUUGCCACCUCUGCAUCUUCAGCCUCUGGAUUGCAAUGCGAGAAGGGACUGCAGGAGUGUCGGUGACCCUGCUCCAGCCCGGGGUGACUGCUGCGUGUACAGGGUAUUAACAAACGAUGGCAAGCCUUCUGCAAUAAUUCCUAAUUCCAUCGAUCAAUAGUAAAUGACGUACAAAUAAAAAUCAAUGAGAUGUAUUUUAUGUGAAAAAAAAAGAUAAUAAUGUAAGAACUGUAUAUUGUAUUAGCAGCUUUGUGUAUAAAAUGGCAUUUUGGCAAUCAGAGUCUAAUAUAUUUAAAACUUUUUUUUAAAAAAGGAUAUUUGAUAUUGUACGGAAUUGACUUUAUUGCUACUAUAAGUAUGAAAAGAUGGUUUCUUAACAUGUUGAAGCAAUGCAUAAAAUCUUAAAUUGUAUGUAAAACUCAUGCCAAAAGGGUAUGUCUGACAGUAUUAGCACCUGAC